CUUCCUUCCUUUUCCCUUCCUUCCUUCCUUCUCCUAUAAAUAACAAACCUAACGCGCCAGGUGCCAACUGUCGGUCACCGACGGCCAAGACCAUCCACGCAAACUAUCCAACACCACUCCACGUGUCCCUCCUCCUCCCGCCGCCGCCGCCGCCGCCGUCCUUUCUCUCCGGUCACCUCUGGCGCAAUUCCGGUUUGAGGAGGAUUUUUUUUUCUGAUCUCUGAAGAAGGUGGGUUAUUGCUCGAUUCCGGCGACUGGAUUGCAGGUUGUCGAUUAGGGGAGGAAAUUCAUUUCUUGUAGAGGAAAGCCGAGAGGGAAAUUUAGGGGGGAAUCUCAAAAUUGUCGCAAUUUCUUUUGUUGUUGAUGAUCCUAUAAUAUAUAUGCCCAUUUUGAGCUUGUUUUAGAUAGAGCGAGGGAAAGAUUUUCUCUUUUUUGGUUUCUGGUUUUGGGUUAUGGAGAUGGAGGAUAAUAAUGCUAGCAGAGAUUUCUACGUUGAUCUGGAGAGCGGACCAAACAACAAUGAUAAUGGCAGAGCAGGGGAUCCUUCCUCUUCUCCUCCUUCUUCCCCAAAUGGCGUGAGAUCAUUGUUCAACAAAGUGUGCAGCGUGUUGGCGAAAGGGGAAGAAGAAGGGCAGAAGCUCUUGUGUGUUAAUGGAGGAGGAGCGAAUUCGGAAGGCGAUCAGCAAGCGAAAUCGGAGGACAACAAUGAGACUACUGCUAGUAGUGGGAGUGAUCAUUCGGAUGAGAAGCAGCAGCAGCAACGUAGGAAGAGCAGCAGCCCACACAAGAAGUCCCCAAAGCCACCUCGACCACCGCGAGGCCCCUCGCUGGACGCAGCUGAUCUCAAGCUCAUCAAGGAGAUCUCCGAGCUCGCCAUGUUGAAGCGCGCCAGGAUCGAGAGGAUCAAGGCCAUGAAGAAGGCCAAAGUUGCUAAACAGUCAUCGGUUUCUUCGACGGGCAAUCUGUUUGCUAUGAUUUUCACUGUCCUGUUCUUCCUGGUCAUACUAUGCCAAGGAAUGUCGUCGAGGAUUACAUCGAUAGACCUACAGACGGCCCCCGAGCCAGCUAGAAUGAUGGACAAUGAUCUCAUAGCGGUUCAGUACUUCGGUGUUCCCUCUGUAAAUGGCCCUGUCGGUCUGAGCUCUGGUUCUCACAACUCGGGUGUUGAUCCUCCGGAUUCAGCAAGACGACUCGGAUGAGUGUCAGGGUUUAUGUUAGAGAAAGAAUAAACUUGCCAUUUAUCUGCAAGUUGUCAACCUUUUGUUUCCCCCCGUUUCCUUUUUGUUUCCCUUCUCCAUAUGGGAACUGUGAUAGAUUAGUAGACUUCGGUGGAUUCACCUGAGUUAAAUGGAGCAAGGAAAGAAGCAGGAAGAGGGUAAUGUAGAUACUGAGUCUCAGAGCCAUUUGAUAGGCCAGAGCUAAUGCAUUUGAUAAAGAAGGAAGCGGCUGUCUUUUGCAGUGGGAAGAUGGUAGGUUUGUGCUGUGUAUUUGAAUGAGAAGGUUCAAAAUGAGUUAUAGUAGUUUUUGUCAACUGGGUUUUGGCCACACUGAUUUCAAUAACAUAAUGUUACCUUGUGCAUAUAUUAUCCUUCCAAUUUGUCUGAUCAAAUUGCAAAGUUGAUGUUUUGGACCAUCCAU